GCAGCAGGCGGCGGAGCUCGGAGGCCGAGGGCCCGCGCCCCCGCCCGCGAUGCUGCUCUCCAAGUUCGGCUCCCUGGCGCACCUGUGCGGGCCCGGCGGCGUGGACCACCUCCCGGUGAAGAUCCUGCAGCCAGCCAAGGCGGACAAGGAGAGCUUCGAGAAGGUCUACCAGGUGGGCGCCGUGCUGGGCAGCGGCGGCUUCGGCACCGUCUACGCCGGCAGUCGCCUCGCCGACGGGCUCCCGGUCGCCGUGAAGCACGUGGUGAAGGAGCGGGUGACCGAGUGGGGCAGCCUGGGCGGCGCGGCCGUGCCCCUGGAGGUGGUGCUGCUGCGCAAGGUGGGCGCGGCGGGCGGCGCGCGGGGCGUCAUCCGCCUGCUGGACUGGUUCGAGCGGCCCGACGGCUUCCUGCUGGUGCUCGAGCGGCCCGAGCCGGCGCAGGACCUCUUCGACUUCAUCACGGAGCGCGGCGCCCUGGACGAGCCGCUGGCGCGGCGCUUCUUCGCGCAGGUGCUGGCCGCCGUGCGUCACUGCCACGGCUGCGGGGUCGUGCACCGCGACAUCAAGGACGAGAACCUGCUGGUGGACCUGCGCUCGGGCGAGCUCAAGCUCAUCGACUUCGGCUCGGGCGCGCUGCUCAAGGACACGGUCUACACCGACUUCGACGGUACCAGGGUGUACAGCCCCCCAGAGUGGAUCCGCUACCAUCGCUACCACGGGCGCUCAGCCACCGUGUGGUCCUUGGGUGUGCUGCUGUAUGACAUGGUGUGUGGGGACAUUCCUUUCGAGCAGGACGAGGAGAUCCUUCGUGGCCGCGUUUUCUUCCGGAGGAGGGUCUCUCCAGAGUGUCAACAGCUAAUCGAGUGGUGUUUGUCCUUGCGGCCUUCGGAGCGACCCACCCUGGACCAGAUCACUGCCCACCCCUGGAUGUUGGGGGCAGAAGGCUCCCUGGAGAGCUGUGAUCUGCGGCUGUGUGCCCUGGACCCCGACGACGGGGCCAGCACCACCUCCAGCAGCGAGAGUUUGUGAGGGGCAAUGUGCCAGCUGGCUUUUGGGGGAGUCAGAGGGGCCACCUGCCUUGCCCGGCCCUGCUGGCUGCUCCAGAAACACGCCCUUGGUCCAGCUGCUUCCUUGCCAGAAGCAGUGACUGGCCCCUGGUGGCCUCUGCCUCUGGCACAGGGCCUCAGUUUCCUUUGCUUUGAGUGCCUUUUCGAACGCUGCUCCCAUGGGACUUGGUUUUUCCACCUCUGCCUGUCCAAAGAGGCUCCCUCGAUCAAGGCCCUGCUGCCCUGGGGAGGGUUGCGCCCAGGGCCCCUGGGUGGAUGCUUGAACCCAAGACCACGACUGACCACACCCCUCUGCUGCUCCAGGAGGUGGCCAACCGAUGCCUCCCGCGCCUCCCCGUCCCACCCCGUUUGGACCAGAAGUGCUCUGUGUCUGCAGCACAGGAUCCUCUGCCCCUGUCCUUCCUGUCUCUCGAGUUUCACGGUUUUCGUCUGGGCGUGUAUGUGCACAAGCAAUGCAACGGCCGCGACUGCCGUCCACGUGGCUGUCACACGCGGGGCCGUCUUAUUUAUGGUGUGAUCCUCGGCGGUGCCCCGCACCUAUUUAUUGUUUUAUUUAUUUGUUGAGGUUGCUCCAUUUGAGUAGCCAAUUUGUUUAGGUCCCUGGGGCAUCGGGGAGGGGGAUGGCACAGCGUCUUGAUCCUGCGUCUGGUGUCUGUACCGAGUCCCUCCCAUGUUUGUCAGAAGAUAAACUUGUACAGUGGCUAAUUUAAGGGGAGGGGGUGAUGCCACCAUCUUGGGCUCUCUGGGUGGCGGGUUUUAAAUUAUUGACCUUGUACAGUCUGCUUGUUGACUCUGGGAGCUGGGGGUGGGGGGACAGAGUCGCAAGCCUUUAAUUUAUUUCAGCAGCUGUGUUCAUGUGACCCCGGUGUGUGUAGGCAUCGUGGGUGGGGUUUCUUUGAGUUCAAAAGUGAAAUGUAUGGAGAUCAUAUUUUUUAUACAGGAGUUUCCAUUAAAUUUUUUUGUAUAUAAUAGGUGACGUGUGUUUAUUAGGGCUGGGGGUUUGGGUGAGAGGGAGGUUUUGGGAGGGAGGACCCUCGGCUCCUUGUGGGGAAGGAAGCAGUAUUGCCCAGUGGGGGGCCUGGAGAAGGGGCCCAGGCCUUGUCUCUGAGGGCUGCCUGGUUGCCCCCCGGCCUCCACACCACCACAGGUACCCUGUGUAGCUCACUGGUUCUUGGUUCCCAGCUGUACCCAGAGAAGACGGAGGGCCAGACCCAGAGGGGCUGUAUUUACCACCACCAACUGGGCUGUCCUGGGGAUGGUGUUAUAAGAAGGGAGCCCAUUCAAGAUGGGAAAUGUGUUUUCUGGUUUGGGUGUGCUCAGCCUCUGCUCUGGGGUGCCUGAGGAGGUGGGGUGGGCAUGGCCGUGGCUGGCAGUGAGAGAUGGGUCUGGGAGAGGGUAAAAGGCGUGUGUCAGGACAUCCAGGUGGAGGAGGAGCCGUGGGAUGGUCAGGCCUCCUGAGAGCUCUGGCAGGAAAGAGGGUGUUGAGACAGCAUCCCUUGGGGUAGUGGUGCCAGGCUGGAGGACAGGCAAGGUGUCUUCUAUCCCACCUGGGUCACAAUGCGGGGUGGGGGACACCAAGGGCAAGAGAGAGCUGACUGAGAGGAGCAGCAUGGUUCAACCACCCCCAUUUUCGGCCCUGUCCAGCCUGUGAACUGCAUGGGACUUGGGGCACCCCGUUAGUGCCCCUUCUCUUCCCAUCUGCCAGGGGCCGUAGGGCCCUAUUGUCUGCUCUGGACUGGAUGCCAGGCACACCGCACCCCCAGCACUACCAGGUAGAGCCUCAUUUUAGCUCCCUGCUGGUGUACCCCCAUGUCAGCGAGCUCCUGAGAGCAGGCCAGGGCGGAUGAGGCCUAUGUGAUGGGCGAUGCCCAGGACCCUGGCUGUGGGCGCAGGCCCCACGGGUGUCUCACUGGCAGGAGGAAAAGAAGGGGCUUCUGGUGGAGUGGACCUGCGUCCCCCUUUCCUCAGCGUUCUCUCGGCAGACCCAGGGAUGGGUGCGGGACGGCAGGGCAGACCUAGGAGGGCAGAGGAUGUAGGCAUGCAGGCUUUCCUGGCCCCUGGGGCGUCUGGGCUACACUGAUACUUCAGAGAUCAUAGAGGAAUCCUCUUGGGGCAGAAUUCCAGAUUUUUGGCUGCCAGGCCCAAAUGGUGCUUAGAAUGUUGGGAAUAUACACCCUCCCCUCCCUAGCUCUGCCAGUUUGGUACUAAUAGGCGCUCAGACGGGUGGUGGAGUUGGGGGCCCCUGCCCUCCUCCUUGGGUCCCCUGUGGUUCAGGUUUCCUUCUGGAGAAGAGAAGGGGCAGAGCCCACUCCAGGUUCUGAGGCUCCUGGUGCACUGUGUGAGGGGCUCUGCUGCACAGAACCCUGACCACAGUGUGAGUAUGGCGUCUUGACCACCCCAUAGGCCUCAGCUGGGCCUCAUCUGGGCUCUGCCCUCUCUGCCCCACUGCGGGCCCCCAGGGUGAGCUGUUUACGGGGCUCCCCAAGGGCGGCCCCAAGGUCAGGGGCUGGCCGGGUGGGGCUGACCCUGUAUCUCCCCUGUGCCUGUGGAGGUGGGGAGAUGUGUCCUGAGGCCACCUCCCUGGCCUGAGGCCAUUCGGACCUCCUGGAAAGAGAGAGGCUGGAAAAUCAAAUUCUCCCCACAAAUUGACCUUCCGUGCUGCCAGGCCCUCCCCAAGUUUCUUUCUUCUGCUGCAGCCCCAGAAAUGAAACCUUGGCCAGGUUUUGGUGCCAAAGCUGAGAGAGAAAGGGAAGUGAUCCCUGGAUGUGGUCUCUGACCCUCGCCCUCCCCCACCCCCUACCAGACCCCAGCUGCCGAGGGCCCUGUGAGUGCUCCGUGGGUGAUCCAGCCCUGGACAGCGUGUGGCUGUUCCCACCUGGCUGUGGUGGGUCGAUAUCCUUGCAGCCCCCUGGGUCAGUGGUGUAAUCUGGACACAGCCCAAGCUGAGAGAGCAGUUUGGGCACUGGACCCAGGUGACUAGGGGGACAGGCAGGCCGCCCACGGGCCCAGGCCUUGAGGUGUCUGUCGCUGGCCCACACGGCCACAGCACCUGAUGUGGGGGAUGCCCUGGUCUGUCUGGAUGCUGGUGCCACAUGGGGCCCCAGGAGGGGCAGGGCUCGGGGACAGGGCCAGUCAGGACUGGACAUACCAGCUGAGGCAGCCCAGGGCCCUGGAGGGGGUCAGGGCAGGCAGAGAGCUGUAGAGGGGGCUGGGGGCCUUGUAGGGGCAGCAUAUGGGUGCAGCGGAGCCUGCAGUCCUGGGCAGGUGGCAGGGAGUGAAAGCAGAGGAACAGAGGGAGCCCAGCGAGUUGCUUUCCCUGACCUCUGACCCCUGGCAGUGGCCAAGGGGUGCACGGACCCCAGCAGAAGUGGGAGGGGAGGGGUCGACCAUCCAUCAGCACAUGACUUCCAGGCCGGCUGCUCUCCAGACAGCCUUGGCAGAGGCCCCAGUGUGAUUACACAAUGGAUCUCUGAUCCUGGCCCCCUCUGCGGUUCCCGGCAGUCAGGCCCGGCCGGGGAAAAGGGGGGCAAAGCCCUGGGCAGCCCCUGCCCUCAGCAUCGUUAUUGACCUCCUGAAGGCCCUGCAGGAGAGCCCUUCCCAGAAACUGGCCAGUGGGGUGGGAUGGCAGAGCUUUCCCUGAGGGCAGUCACCUCUACCAACCUUGAAUAAGCCUGGUGGGGGAAACUGAGGCUCAGGGUCGGGGACACACUCAAGGUUGCAGGUAGCGAGUGGGCCCAGACAGCAGCCCUAACAGGUCUUCUACCCACCCAAUGGGGCAGCGGGCACGACAUGAGUCCUCUGGUACCACAUGCAGCUCAGGGAGGCGGGGCUCUGCCGGAACCUCGGCCACUCCAGCCACCCACCUCCUCCAUGGACAGCAGGCGGGACCAGCUGGAGAGCCACGGCGCGAGAGCGCAGUGCCACCGUGGUCAUCCCAGACCCAGUAGGCACUCUGCUGGGUCAGGGUCUGUAGGUUCCAUCUCUGAGCCUGGGGCUCAGGCCUGCGGUGGGCAGGUAACCCCACCAGCCUGGAGGAGAGGGUGGUUGCACUGGGAGGCAGGUGGCUCCCCAGGACCCUCCAAGCAUCCCUGCCCCACCUGAGGCCAGACCCAGCGCUGGGACAGGCUCAACCUCUCUGCUAUGUUCCUUGGACUCAGGGAUCCCUACCCUACUGGCUACCCCAUCAGGGAAAAAAAAACCCCAUCAGGGAGGAGAGAUGAAAUGCUGGUUGGGCAGGCCCUGCCCAGAGGGCUGCAGGCACAGGACUGGGCCCCCAGCAUGGGAAGGCCUGCGGCGUCUGCUCCAAUUUGUAGAGGCUCUGGGUCUCGAGACACCAGUGACCAGCAGGGCCAGGGAAG